CUGAUUUUUUUUACAUAUUUAUUUUGUUGAUUUAAUUUCGCAGACACUUAAUUUUGUUGUUUCUCAUUUAAGUUCUGCUAAAUCUUGUGCACUCUUUCCUCUUCCUUUUUCUCUUUCCAUUUCUUUUUCCAUUUGUAUUAUCAUUCUACAUCUUAUCCUCUCUUUCUCAUCGCCAUCAUCAUUCCAGCAUCUCCAUGGCUCAGUCACUACCAAUCAAGUUUCAGGAGCAUCUUCAGCUCACAGCUAUUGGUAUCAAUGCAGCCAAUAUCACAUUCAACACUCUUACCAUGGAAUCGGACAAAUUUAUCUGUGUCCGAGAAAAAGUGGGCGAUUCUGCUCAGGUGGUCAUCAUUGACAUGUCCAAUCCUACGACACCCAUUCGUCGUCCCAUUUCUGCUGAUUCAGCCAUCAUGAAUCCAGCAUCUAAAGUGAUUGCUUUGAAAGCCAUGAGAACCCUUCAAAUAUUUAAUAUUGAAAUGAAAUCUAAAAUGAAGGCACACACUAUGACAGAGGACGUUGUCUUCUGGAAAUGGAUUAAUGUAAAUACAAUUGCCCUUGUCACUGAGACCGCUGUUUAUCAUUGGAGUAUGGAAGGUGACUCACAACCUGUUAAAAUGUUCGAUCGCCAUGCUUCCCUUACGGGCUGUCAAAUAAUCAAUUACAGAACUGAUCAUAGGGUCCAAUGGCUACUUUUGAUUGGAAUUUCAGCAGCGCAAGGUCGUGUUGUCGGAGCCAUGCAAUUAUACUCCACAGAACGUAAAGUCAGCCAACCCAUUGAGGGUCACGCUGCAGCCUUUUCCACCUUUAAGAUGGAUGGAAACUCAGAAGUCUCAACCCUUUUCUGUUUUGCUGCAAGAACUGCUACCGGUGGAAAGCUUCAUAUUAUUGAAGUUGGUCAACCACCUGCUGGUAAUCAACCAUAUCCCAAGAAAGCCGUUGAUGUUUUCUUUCCAGCAGAAGCACAAAACGAUUUCCCAGUGGCCAUGCAAGUUUCCACCAAAUAUGAUAUCAUCUAUUUGAUAACCAAAUUCGGUUACACUCAUUUAUAUGAUAUUGAAACAGGUACUUGUAUCUACAUGAAUCGAAUCAGUGGUGAGACCAUAUUCGUGACCGCUCCUUAUGAACCCACAAGUGGUAUUAUUGGUGUUAACCGAAAAGGUCAAGUACUUUCGGUUUGUGUUGAUGAGGAUUCCAUCAUUCCAUAUAUCACAACUACAUUGGCUAAUCCAGAUCUUGCUCUUAGAAUAGCGGCUAGAAACAAUCUUCCCGGUGCUGAAGAACUGUUUAUUCGCAAAUUUAACACGCUCUUCACUAAUGGUCAAUACACAGAAGCAGCUAAAGCUGCUGCAAGUGCACCCAAAGGUAUCCUACGCACACCUGAUACUAUACGUCGGUUUCAGCAAGUGCCCACCCAACCCGGUCAAACGUCACCUUUACUUCAAUACUUUGGUAUUCUAUUAGAUCAUUUUCAACUGAACAAAUUUGAAUCACUUGAGUUGUGUCGACCUGUGUUGCAACAAGGUCGUAAGCAGCUAUUAGAGAAAUGGCUUAAAGAUGAUAAGCUUGAAUGUAGUGAAGAACUCGGUGAUUUGGUUAAAGCCGUUGAUCCAACUCUAGCUCUUUCCGUUUACUUGCGAGCUAAUGUUCCCAAUAAGGUGAUCCAGUGUUUCGCUGAAACGGGACAGUUUCAAAAGAUUGUUUUGUAUGCAAAAAAAGUUGGUUACACCCCUGAUUAUACAAGCUUGUUGAGACAAGUGAUGAGAACCAAUCCUGAUCAAGGAGCAGCUUUUGCUCAAAUGUUGGUCCAAGAUGAAGAACCACUGGCUGAUAUUAAUCAAAUUGUUGAUGUUUUCAUGGAAUCCAACUUGGUUCAACCAUGUACUGUUUUCCUUCUUGAGGCUCUGAAACACAAUCGACCUGAAGAGGCACCACUUCAAACUCGUCUUUUAGAGAUGAACUUAAUUACAGCUCCUCAAGUUGCUGAUGCAAUUUUGGGCAAUGGUGUUUUUACUCAUUAUGAUCGUGCUCACAUCGCUCAGCUUUGUGAGAAAGCAGGUCUUUUACAAAGAGCCUUGGAACAUUAUUCCGAUUUGUACGACAUCAAACGUGCUAUCGUUCACUCUCAUCUUUUGAAUCCCGAAUGGCUGGUCAAUUACUUUGGAAGUCUUUCCGUUGAAGAUUCCAUCGAAUGCCUUAAAGCCAUGUUACAACACAAUAUUCGACAAAAUCUUCAAAUAACUGUUCAGGUGGCCACCAAGUAUCACGAACAACUCAACACCACUGCUCUUAUUGAACUUUUCGAGUCAUUCAAGAGCUAUGAAGGUCUAUUUUACUUCCUUGGCUCUAUAGUUAAUUUUUCACAAGAUCCCGAAGUCCAUUUCAAGUAUAUUCAAGCUGCAUGCAAAACUGGUCAAAUCAAAGAAGUUGAACGGAUCUGUCGAGAAAGUAAUUGUUACAAUGCUGAACGAGUUAAAAAUUUCCUCAAAGAGGCCAAGCUUACCGAUCAACUUCCCCUUAUUAUUGUUUGUGACCGUUUCGACUUUGUCCAUGACUUGGUUCUUUAUCUUUACCGGAACAAUCUUCAAAAGUAUAUUGAAAUUUACGUGCAAAAGGUGAACCCUUCUCGACUACCUGUUGUGAUUGGUGGUCUAUUAGACGUUGACUGUUCCGAAGAUGUUAUUAAACAAUUGAUUAUGGUUGUUAAAGGACAAUUUUCAACCGAUGAGUUGGUGGAAGAAGUGGAGAAACGAAAUCGUCUCAAGUUGUUACUUCCAUGGCUUGAACUGAGAGUUCAUGAAGGUUGCACUGAAUCAGCAACUCACAAUGCUUUGGCAAAGAUUUACAUAGAUUCCAACAAUAAUCCAGAAAGAUUCUUGAAAGAAAAUCAAUUUUACGAUUCAAAGGUGGUUGGUAAAUAUUGUGAGAAGCGUAAUCCUCACUUGGCCUGUGUAUCUUAUGAACGGGGUCAAUGUGACAUGGAAUUGAUUAAUGUUUGUAAUGAGAACUCAUUGUUCAAAAGUGAGGCUCGUUAUCUAGUUAAAAGGAGAGAUGCUGAACUAUGGGCACAAGUUUUAGUCGAAUCAAAUCCAUUCCGAAGACAAUUGAUUGAUCAGGUGGUUCAAACUGCUCUUAGUGAAACCCAAGAUCCUGAAGACAUUUCAGUUACUGUUAAAGCUUUCAUGACAGCCGAUCUGCCCAAUGAAUUGAUUGAACUUCUUGAGAAAAUUGUUCUGGACAAUUCAGCCUUCUCUGACCACCGUAAUCUACAAAACCUGUUGAUUUUAACAGCAAUCAAAGCUGAUCGAACUCGAGUUAUGGAGUACAUUAAUAGAUUGGAUAAUUACGAUGCCCCUGACAUAGCCAACAUUGCAAUAAGCUCGGAACUUUAUGAAGAAGCGUUUGCCAUUUUCAAGAAAUUUGAUGUCAACACAUCAGCUAUUCAGGUUCUCAUCGAACAUAUCAAAAAUCUCGAUCGAGCCUACGAAUUUGCCGAGCGAUGUAAUGAACCGGGUGUCUGGAGUCAACUUGCUUCAGCCCAAUUAAACGAAGGAUUGGUAAAGGAAGCAAUAGAUUCUUUCAUUAAAGCCGGCGAUCCUUCAUCUUACAUGGACGUUGUUUCAACAGCCCAUAAACUUGACCAAUGGGAGGAUCUUGUUCGUUACCUUCAAAUGGCACGGAAAAGGGCUCGGGACUCAUCGAUCGAAUCUGAACUACUUUAUGCUUACGCUAAAACAGGGCGACUUGCCGAUUUAGAAGAGUUUAUCUCAGCUCCCAAUCAUGCUGAUAUUUCCCGAGUUGGUGACCGAUGUUUCGACGAUGGUCUCUUUGAUGCGGCUAAACUUUUAUACAACAACGUUUCCAACUUUGGCCGACUUGCUAUCACCUUAGUUCAUCUAAAAGAGUUCCAGGGUGCCGUUGAUUCAGCACGUAAGGCAAACUCGACACGAACCUGGAAAGAAGUUUGUUUCGCUUGUGUUGAUAAUGAGGAAUUCCGAUUAGCGCAAAUGUGUGGAUUACAUAUUGUUGUUCAUGCCGAUGAAUUGGAAGAUUUGAUCAAUUACUAUCAAAGUAGAGGUUAUUUUGAAGAGCUGAUCAGUCUACUUGAAGCUGCUUUAGGUCUUGAACGCGCUCACAUGGGAAUGUUUACCGAGUUAGCAAUUCUUUAUUCCAAAUAUAAACCUUCCAAAAUGAAAGAGCAUCUUGAACUGUUCUGGUCUCGAGUUAAUAUUCCAAAAGUAUUGAAAGCCGCUGAACAAGCCCACCUUUGGUCUGAAUUGGUUUUCCUUUAUGAUAAGUAUGAAGAAUUUGACAAUGCGGUGAUUACCAUGAUGACCCAUCCAACUGAAGCCUGGAGAGAGGGUCACUUUAAAGAAAUGAUUACAAAAGUAGCCAAUAUCGAGCUUUAUUACAAAGCUAUCCAAUUUUACCUUGAUUACAAGCCAAUGUUAUUGAACGAUUUAUUACUCAUUUUGGCUCCACGAAUGGAUCACACUCGAGCAGUUAACUUUUUCACUAAAGUUAAUCAGUUAUCUCUGGUUAAAGCCUACCUACGAUCGGUUCAAAGUUUAAACAACAAAGCAAUUAAUGAAGCUUUGAAUGGUUUGCUUAUCGAAGAAGAAGAUUAUCAAGGGUUACGAACAUCAAUUGACGCUUUUGACAAUUUCGAUAACAUUUCUCUGGCCCAAAGAUUGGAGAAACACGAACUCAUUGAAUUCCGGCGGAUUGCAGCUUACCUUUACAAGGGUAACAACAGAUGGAAACAAUCAGUCGAACUGUGCAAAAAAGAUGGUCUCUACAAAGAUUCGAUGGAAUAUGCGGCCGAAUCGAAAAGUCCCGAAGUGGCGGAAGAUCUUCUUCUUUGGUUCUUGGAGCGAAAAAAUUAUCACUGUUUUGCCGCUUGUCUCUUCCAGUGUUACGAUCUCCUUCAUCCCGACGUUGUCAUGGAAUUGGCUUGGAGACAUGAUAUCAUGAAAUACGCUAUGCCUUAUUUCAUCAAUGUGAUGCGUGAAUAUAUCACGAAAGUUGAUGAAUUGAGAGAAACAGUCGAUACCAAACUUGAGGAAACUGCGGCUCAAGAAUCGAGCUCACUAGUUUACGCAACCGAACCACAAUUAAUGUUAACUGCACCACCAGGCAUGAUUGGAUCUUCCCCCGGUGUUGUACCUGGCGGAAUAUCUGGUGUAGUACCCGGAGUCCCACCGGGAGUUUAUCCAGGAGGAUCAGUUGGAGGAGCUUAUCCUUACCAAGGAUAUGGAAUUUAAUUUAUACUUUAGCUAACAUAUAGCAAAUUCAAUUAUAUCACCACCACCCAACCACCCAAACACCCAACCACCUACAACACUCAAGCAACCAACCAAUAAACCACCUUCUUAAUUA